AGAGAGCCGGCGAAUUAGAAAACCUAGGACAUACAAAGCCUUUAUUCGAAUUGUUCGUAGUGACUAUAAACGCUUUCAGACAUCAAUAGAUAAGAAAAGCGAAUCCAUACCAACAUUCUAGUAUUCCAAUCCUUUUGGGCACGAAAUUUUAUACUUACUGCGUUAAGAAUUUACAGCAAAACAAUAUGUCGUCCAUUCAUUCUCAGAAGGCUUCUGGCGAAGUUGGAGCAAAACAUUCGCUACACCUUAAAGAUUCUGUUAAGAGCAUCCGAGAGACCGCAGGCAAGAAGCCCAUUUCGAAGACCCCAGGUCUCGAGCCUAAGGGUGGACUAACCCAGCCCAACGGAGUAAAGGAGCUUAAGAGAGAUUUGGCCACGGGAAGGGCUUUGGUUAACGACGGGGGGUCUUGUUUGAGGUGUACUGAAAAAGGACUUAAUUGUACCUUGAACUUCCUAGGCGUUGAGACUGUGGAUAGAUGCGCUGCAUGCAAGAGAUCGGGUGCUCAAUACUGUAUUAGGCAACGUCCGGUAGAGAAGUUGAUUUCAUUCAGGGGGCCUCCCUGGUGCAAUCCGAAUUACUUCUGCGUCGGUGACGAGCCGAGCCCCGAGGAAAUGGAAGAAAUCCUCCGGGAGCACUUUGAGGGCCAGGAAACGUAUUGCAACGGCGAGUACAUGACCGAGAAAGACCGUAAAGGGCUGGCGCUCCCUCCCUUCAACGGCAGCGACUUGCCCCUAGAGGAACGAAUGGAAAACUGGAAGACGGCGGACUGGGAGCGGGUUCUGCCGAUCUGGAAGAAUGCAAGCUACUACAAGGACGCUCAGGGGUUCAGUGGAGACAAAAGUCCGUCGGGCGAACAGGAUGAAAAACAGCCAUAUGUCAGCCAGAAUACUCUGAAUUACUUCCGGAUUCUUCGGAAGUAUAAGCCAAGGAAUAUACACUUGCAGGAAUAUACCAAAGAUCUCGGGGAAACGUGGUGAUUUGGAACAUUUUUGUUCGUUGGGAAGGCCAGCACGGUUGGGGCGGUUGAGCCAGCCGAGCGAUGAUGAUAGAGCCAAGGUAGGUAAUCUU